AUGGCUUUCUCCACGAAGCUCCUGGCAGUUGUGGUGGUGGCUGUGCUAGCGUCGCCCAUCAUGACGUCGGCAAGGAAAGUGGCGGAGUCGAGAUGGAGCCUAGCAGCGCGUCUGAAAGUUGCGGAAGAAGGGCCUAGCACUUGCUGGGAUGCGUUGUUUGAACUUCAAUCUUGCAGCGGAGAAGUGGUGAUGUUCUUCCUGAAUGGGGAGACUCAACUUGGGGAAAACUGCUGCAGCGCCAUAAAAGUGAUAGAGCGACAGUGCUGGCCCUCCAUGCUCGGAACCCUCGGCAUCACUACUGAAGAAACCAACGUUCUCCGUGGUUACUGCGAUGCCACUGCCGCCCCUCCGCCUCAAUGCUACAAUUUCCCACGCUUGCAGUUGCAAAACUAA